CAGCAGCUCCUCUGACUUUUUAUCCUGCAUGGGGUUUAGUUAUGCCCAGCAACACAAAUGGGCUUAAAAGAGAUGACUUUUCGUGUUGGUUCUUGUGUGCUCAUUGCAUGGUUUUAAUGGCAGCUAGGGUGUAAUUUUCACUCAGCCUGUCUGGACAGUUAGUCAGCUCUGUUUGUUGUGGACUUUCUGCAUAGCAGCUGGGGAAGAGAACAUUUAAGAUGGGAAAAUGUGAGUGUAAAGAAGGACUGUUUGACUGGGGCUCUCCGGAGUGGGAAUAAUACUGAAUGAUCUUGUGAAGAACUGGAUUUCAAGUGGAUGUCCCUUUAAUUAAAGGCUGCUUAUAAUGCCAGGAGCUGGUAUUUGCAGCUGUGUUGAAUGUGAUUAAGACGGAGCCUUGCUCACUCUGAUGGGGGAAGCAUCUCUGAGUAUGAACAGUGAGUAAGAACACAGUGCUUGUGCUGCCAGGCUGAGGAGAACCCCGGGUAGAGCCCUAUGGAAGAGGGGCCCUGUAGCGACUUGGUUUCACUGUGCUGCUGAUUGGAAUAAGAAUUCCACUGGAAAAGAGGGAUACCUCAAAGAAAGGGAGAUACAUCUUUAACCCAUAGUGGGAAGGAAGAGGAAAGAAACUGCUGUACAAAAGAAGUGUUCCAUACAGAAAAGAUAUGCCUUCAUCAGUUCAACUGUUCAGAGACCAGAAGUACCACGAGCUGAAAAGGCAGUGUAUCCAGCAGAGAAGGCUCUUCGAAGAUCCUGAGUUCCCAGCCUCAGAUGAGUCCCUUUACUAUCAGAAAGCCCCGCGAGGGAAAGUUGAAUGGAAGCGCCCAAAGGAUCUCUGUCAAGACCCCUACUUGUUUGUGAAUGGAAUCAGCUCUCAUGACUUGCACCAAGGCAGCUUGGGGAACUGCUGGUUUGUGGCUGCAUGCUCCUGUUUGGCACUGAGGAAGACCCUCUGGCAGCAGGUGAUUCCAGACUUUAAAGAACAAGAAUGGGACCCUAAAACACCAGAGAAGUAUGCUGGGAUUUUCCGUUUCCGUUUUUGGUGCUUUGGAGUAUGGACAGAGGUGGUUAUUGAUGAUCUGCUGCCAACAAUUGAUGGGACGUUGAUCUACUGCCAUUCCAAUGUGGAAAAUGAAUUCUGGAGUGCGUUAUUGGAGAAAGCUUAUGCAAAGCUGGCUGGAUCUUACGAAGCCCUGGAUGGAGGCAGUGCUGCAGAUGCAAUAGUGGAUUUCACUGGAGCAGUGUCAGAAUCUAUUGAUUUGGUACAGGGAAAAUACAGCGAGACUAUUUCUGAGCAGAUGAAACUGUUUGAAGAUUUGCUGAAAGUGCAUAAAAGAGGCGGGCUGAUCAGCUGUUUCAUUGCGUCUUCCUCCGAAAGAGCCAAUGAGGUGGAGGCAAAAACAGGUCUCGUCGUUGGUCAUGCCUACUCAGUGACUGCAGUUCGGAAGCUGCAUCUUGGAGAAAGGCUCACGUUCUCUUUUAAGGCAGAAAAGCUUUUCAUGGUCAGGCUGAGGAAUCCCUGGGGAAAUAGAGAAUGGAAUGGUGCCUGGAGUGACAAUUCUGAAGAGUGGAAGAAAGUCAGCAAUGCAGAGCGUAAAAGUUUGGGGCUCACUGUUGAGAAUGAUGGAGAGUUCUGGAUGACAUUUGAGGACUGGUGUAAGAAUUUCACGGAUGUGGACAUCUGCCGGAUUGUGAAUACCUCCUACUUCAGUAUCCACAAGACCUGGGAGACAAAAAUAAUGCAUGGGGCUUGGGCAAAGAGUUCAGAGCCCCUGCUAAAUCGCUGUGGUGGAUGCUUUGAUAACGUGGAGACCUUCCUUCAGAAUCCCCAGUACAUCUUUGAUGUUAAGAAGACAGAAGACAAAGUGUUGAUCUCAUUACAACAGGAGGAUCGGCGCAGGUUCAAAAAAGUAGGGAAAGGAGACAACAUCAUAAUUGGUUUUGAAAUCUUCAAGGUGGAAGAUAACAGAAGCUAUCGACUACACAAGCUGACUGUGCAGGAGAGAGUGGCCACAUCUCCAUACAUCAAUACACGCAAUGUGUUCUUGAAGAAGAUUCUUAAGCAAGGCCGCUACAUCCUUAUCCCAACUACAUAUCUUCCUGGCAUCACUGCAAAGUUUAUCCUGAGACUCUUCACGGAUGUGCCAUCAAAGCUCAGAGAGCUGACAGCAGAUAAGCCUGAAAUGACAUGCUGGAGUCUUCUUUGUGGCUAUCCACGUAGAAUCACCCAAAUCAAAAUCCACUCUGCGGAGGGUUUACAGGAGCAAGAUGGAUCAGGUGGAGCAGAUCCCUAUGUGCUCAUCAAGUGCGAGAACCAAAAAGUGCGCUCCCCUGUACAACACAAUACUACCAGUGCGAUUUUCAACACACAAGUCAUUUUCUACAGGAAGAACAUCGACAGUCCCAUCAUUGUCCAGGUCUGGAACAGCAACAUCUUGUGUGACCAGUUCCUUGGACAGAUGCUGCUGGCGGCUUCACCCAGUGACCCCAGAGAACAGCAGACUCUGCAACUUAGAGGGAGAGGCAGCCAAGAAGCUGAGGAGGUGCCAGGUCACAUCACCGUCAAGGUUUUUUCCAGUGAUGACCUCGUGGAGCUAUGAAUACCAAAGCCCUCCAGAGCCAGACAGAGCUGUCACCUCGCAGCAGGAGGGCUUGUCUGUGCUUUCUGUGUGAAUGACUUGUAAGCAAAGGUUUCACAUACAUAACGCACAAUUGCUUUAAAAAGAAAAAGCUCUCUAAAACUCCCCAUUAUCGUGGGUAACAGGGAGGGAGGCUUCUAACAGGAAAAAAAAUAUUAUGCAUAUAUAUGUUCAUGAUACAGCAAGCAGUAGAAGAGGUGCCAAACUAACUGUCAGCAGAUGAGCUCAUUAAGACAUGAGCUCAUAACCAUCUUCCCCAGCAGCAUCCUUCAGGAGCUCAUGACAUGUAAGCUGGAAGCUGACAUGACUGUUCUCACAGGUCCUAGCACAUCACUACAUGUUCCCAGCAGGCAGGUUGGAAUAGCUACAUCUUCACGGCUGCAUGCCAGCAGGCUGGCGGGCUGGCAAGGUGGACUCACAUGCCUGAUGUCCUUGUUCACUGCUGGACUCCCCCUGGGAGGGGGAUUUUUUUGAUCUUUGAUUGAAAUUCUUUUCCUUUAUGCUGAUUCUUUUUUUUUAAUUAAUUUCACUGUUAUUGCUAAAGAUCAGAUGUUGCUUGGCUAAAACAUUGUUAUUCAAGGAUUUCAGUCAUAGGACUUAAGACCAGACAUGCCAUAGCAGUAUUAAAAUAGAGGGGCAUAUCUUGGAGUGACAGCUUUGCCUGCAUAAAGGCUCUCUUUGUAUUUUCCUGUUUUCCACCCCAAGCUGAUGAUUCACAAGUUGAUAUCUUUGGCCAAGAGAUGGGCAUCUCACAGUUCAGCUGUGGCUUUGCCUGGAGGACAAACUCAGUAGUAGAAACCACCUUGCUAAGGAUGUUUUGUUUAAUCUACUUGAUGCUAAAAUGGAAUAAUGCUCCCUUUGCCUCAUUAGAUGUGAUGAGCAGCACCAGAAUGAAAUAGGAGAAAAUUAGCUUAUGACAGGAAUGGGUCUGUAAAAUAAAGAUGCCAUGACAUAGCAGGCAUCAGGUUUUCUCUUUGGAAAUUUUGCAUUGGUUUAUUGCUGAUAGAGCUGACAUCUUUGAGAAACCUUAACUUGGGUAUGAUGGAGGACAGAUAUUGCUCAGAUUUUCUUCAAAGCAAGGUUUGGGUACAGACUUCCUUUUAACUUUUGCAUAUAGCCUGUCAGUAGGGUUCUGUCAUAGCAGACAUUUCUGAGUUGUCAGGCUGUGCAGUGAUUCUGGAAGUGUAAAAGAGGCUCACUGUGUCAGACCACUCAGAAAUGGAUUUUGUAUGGCUGCAAAUUUUGGUCUUGAAAGUGAAGCUAAAAGCUUACUGUUCUGGCUUUUGUACAGCCAGGAAACUUGUUCUCUGUAUGCCUCAUAACCACUUCAGCCAUUUUGUGCAAUAUUUAUAACUUAUAAAAUGGCCCUUGGUAGAGUUAAUGUUUUCAAAAAAGGUUUUUAAGUAAGUCUGCUCAGGGCUCCAAAAGGAUCAGUGCUGUAGGAGGAAAAUGAUUUGUCUGACAUGUUAAGGCUGGAAUAUAAAGCUAUGAAGGAUAUUACACUGCCAUCAGCUUAGCUGCAUGUACCAAGUACCUAAAUCCAACUCUUUUUAAAUAGCUUGGGCUCAAGCCAUUUUGCACGCAGAGCAUUUGUCAGAUGUGAACUACAUGCGGUUGGCAGCCCCACAGGCAAGUAUAACUCUUCUCUGUAAACUCAUGGCUUUAGUGUUGCUUACUCUCAGAUAUGAUUGUAAAGUGCAUUUCUUUUUUUUUUUUUUUAAAAAAAAAAAAAAAAAAGCAUGAAGCUUCUCAUACAGACCAGAGCUCAGGCAAGGCACACAGGGAACUGCAACUCAGUCUGGGUUGUCCUUCCUCUGAAUUAAGACCUGUUCACGUUACUUUUCCUCACACACUAUUUUAUUCCACAGUAGUUCUGCCUCCUAGCAGCCCAUCAGGCACACCUUGCCUGCACAGGCAGAGCACCAGGACCACGGAGCUGUUGAGGAUCAUAGGCAGCAAGGGUGAGCACACCUGGGGAGAGCAGAGUUGGUUUUGUUGUAUAAUCCCCUUUUCAGACAGAUGAUUUUCCAGAGCUGUUCCUUGUGAGAUGGGUGCAGUAAGGAGGGAUAGGCUGGACUGGCUGAUUGAUUGGGGUCAGUGCUUAGCCUGAAGAAGGUUCCUGUCAGACAGCACCCAGCGCAGCCAGGCUGCUUCCCCUGCUGUGAACUGACACAGCCUGCAGCCGACCGGAGGCUUAUGCCUCCCUGCUGCAGUGUUUGCCUGAGAAGGCUCGCCUGAGCUAGUGAGGGCACAGAGCUUGCGGGGGGUCACUUGGCUGUUAGCAGCAGGCCCCAGAGCCCACCGCUGCCCGCAGCAUCUGUGUGAGGGUCAUCCCCAGCGUCUGUGGGGGGUAGAGGGAGCAAGAGUUCUCUGACCGCACACAACGGAGAGCUGCUCCCAGAACUGCCUUUUGAGAGAGACGUGGGAAUCGAAUGUUACCGGAACCGGGCGGUGUUUUUCAGCAUUCAGUGAUACCUUAUGGGAAAAUGUUCUGUUCUGUUUUGUGGUAACUACAUGUAUUUGUGUGCCACCUUCGGGGAGAGAUCGUUCCCCCACAAAUCCCCAAAUUAAAACAGAGGGAAACAGUCUGAAAAAUGUUUUAUUUCAAGUGUCAACCUUUAUUUCUCAAUAUGAAGUGACCUAAAUAAAAGGCUAACAAAAUAUAAAAACCUUGAA